AACUUGUUCUUUCCCUAGUUUAGCCUCAUACCCUACCCCAUUUACACUGAUGUUCACUAUGUUAGUUGUCAGAUCAUUGCUGACCUUUUUGGCAAAAACUGAAACAAAAAAGGCAGUUAAUGCUUUGAUCAUUAUUGUAUUUUCUGUUGUCUUUCCCUCCUCAGUGGGUAAUGGGCCUACUCUAUCCUUCGCUUUCCUCUUGCUUCUAAUGCUUAGAAUGUUUUCUUGUACCCUUUAUGUCUGCAGCUAGUUUAAUCUCAUUCUGUGCCUUGGCCUCUUUAAUUUUGUCCCUGCAUGCUUGUGUUUUUUGUUUAUAUUCAUCCUUUGUAAUUUGCCCUAGUUUCCACAUUCUGUAUGACUCUCUCUUUUGAGUUUCAGGUCACUGAAGAUUGAAGGCAUCUGUUAGUCUGAGAAGUAGAGGAAGGCCCAUCAUAUGGGAUAUGUGUAAAAUGAAGAUGGACUGCAUAUAAUCAUCCUGCACUAGCCCCAGGAACUGAAUUGGAUGUCACCUAACAAGUCCUUUCUACUUCUAAUCUCUUCUCUUGCACAAGAAUCAUCUUCGGCUGAGGCUUAGGAAACAGAAAGCCUAUUUGGACAGAACCUCAAGCUGUUCCAGUGUCAAAAUCAAAGCAUAAUGUAGAAGAGGCUGUGGAAUCACAACAGGCAGAUAGAGAAAUAACCACGGAACCACUCAAAGAGAGCAAGUGAAGGAGAAACAGAAAAAGAAACAAGGUAGGAGAAGGGGUGGCAGACACUUCUGAUGGGAAGGACUCAGAAAGUGGCCAGUGUUGUACUCUGGCUCUAGGGAAUUAAAAGAUCAGUUUUAAAUGUGAUAAAUAUGAAUAUAUAAAGAAUGGGCGUCAGCCACACAGUCUCUGAAUGGCAGCAGAGAUUGUCUACACUGAGAUUAAGUUCAAGAACACACCACCACCUGCAGAGGCCAAAGCCCUGAGUCUCCUACACGGCGCCCACAAACACUACACGGUAACAGGAGUGGUCAGAGAGUGACUGGAGAAGAGAGUACAGGACAAAAGGAGUAAGGAAAAUGGAGCAGCUGAGAGUUCCGCUGGAGCUGAAGUUCUCUGGCAAUACAGCAGAACGGUCCCCUAUGCUGGUGGCUGCGUGUAUUCCCUGGAGUCACUGGUGGGGACAGUGAGGUUCUGGGAGAGGCCAUGAGCCCAACGGCGAAAUCCAGCCCAGGAACUGCAGGCCCCACAGAAGAGAGGAAACUCUGCCGCUGGCUGAGCCCCUGGGUCAUUCUUGUUUGUGUUCUUGUCCUCAAAGCCUGUGUCAUCUCUGGCUGCAUGGUCACUUUCCUCACGGGAAAUCUAAGCUGUGAAAUGCACAAGGCCCUGCCCCAGGGUUCUGCAGAGUGGCAUUGUGUCGUGGGGAGAGAUGAAGGGAAAGGGCGAGUCUGGACAUGCUGCCCCUUGGGCUGGGAGCCCUUUCAGGCCAGCUGCUACUACUUCUCUAAAGACAUCAUGAACUGGGAUGACAGUGAGAGGAACUGCACAGGGAUGGGCUCCCACCUGGUCGUAAUCAACACGGGAACUGAGCAGGAUUUCAUUUCCAAUUAUGUAAAAAGAACAGUUAUUGGAAUCAAAGUGGAGAAUUACUAUAUUGGUCUGGCUCAACAGAAGAAAGGCCAGUGGCACUGGCUGGAUCUGACUCCAUAUAACAAGACAGCAGUGUUCUGGAUACCUGGGGAACCAAACAACCUCAGUGUGGAGAAAUGUGUUGCUGUAGAUACAUCCCAAAAGGAGAACAUGAAUUGGAAUAACUUCCCUUGUAUCAUACCAUCUCAUCGAAUUUGUGAAACUGCAGCAACAAAUAUUUGAUGAAAAAACCCCUCAUGGUUGUGAAAUCAGAGAGCGAGCCCAUCCCUCACCAUGGGCAGCUCACAGAGAGAUCAGAUUGGAGGGUUUGUAUCACUGUGAGUCCGGGGCUGUAUAAUAUGCAGGAAGGUGGGGGUGGAAGUUACCGUGCUCAGUGGCAUGAACUCACCACAAAAAAAAUAUUUUGAAAAAAAUAUAUAAACUUCUGAAAAUGACUAAAGUAGAAGAAUACCAGACUUCAGCCAAGCUCUGUUUAUGAUGUCAUAAAACUCCCUGUGUCAUCACCCAACGAGUCCAGUGGAAAAGGUGGGUUGAGAACGGGAGAGCCAGAGGAUUUGCCUUAAAGUGUUGAAGGGAGAGUUGCUAUUCACUGUAUUAAUUCAGCCAAUGUUGCUAAAUGUAAUAACUUCCCUUGGGCCCAACACAUCAGUCCCCAAGAAUGGGUGUGCUGUGAAUGGGAGAGUGUUUCAUCAUGUCCAUGUUGCUCUGGUGACUGCUGGGUUUAACAAGAGAUUCAGCUUUCAGGAAAAAGAUGCAGGAGUAAAGGUCCAAAUCUCAGAGCUCUUUGUUGUUCCAACCUCACUGGAAACAUGUGUCUGUGCUUCCAGCUGGGACUGUUUAGAAGGCCACCCAGUUCAUUAUCCCUCUUCCAGAUUUAACUUCUUUUGUGAUGGAGCAGAACAAUUUAUACCCCAGAGCAGUGGUUCCCAAACUUGUUCUGCCGCUUGUGCAGGGAAAGCCCCUGGCGGGCCCGGCCGGUUUGUUUACCUGCCGCGUUAGCAGGUUUGGCCAAUCGCGUCUCCCAGUGGCCGAGGUUCUCUGCUCCCGACCAAUGGGAGCUGCUGAAAGCGGCGCAGGCCGAGGGACGUACUGGCCACCACUUCCAGCAGCUCCCAUUGGCCUGGAGCAGUGAACCACGGCCACUGGGAGCCGCGAUCGGCCGAACCUGCGGAUGCGGCAGGUAAACAAACCGGCCCGGCCCACCAGGGGCUUUCCCUGCACGAGCGGCAGAACAACUCUGGGAACCACUGCCCCAGAGAAAGGACAGGUUUUCAAUCAAGAGACUGAUCCUAGACCAAAUCUCCUAGAAAUGGAAAGGAUCUAUAAGCCCAGUUCUUUCCCACUGCCCAGGAGCUAGUGCUGGAUUGUCGCUGGUCGUGCAUUCUCCACAUCUUUGUCUAAUCCUAGUAUUGAAUGGCAGGAGCAAUGGCACUUCCACUACUUCCUCUGAGGAGACCGCAGGUCUAGAUCUCAUUGUUGUUGGGUUUUGAGGCAGAAUGUCGGAUGCUCUGUAUAAAGUUCUCUUUGUAUGUGUUUCACCUAGUGCUGUCCCAUCUCCUACUGCUUACUUCUGACUCUUUCUGCGUACGAUUCCCCUCCAGGAAUUCCCUGCUUAUUUCAGGACUGUGUCUACUAUUGUGUUUAUCUUAAUAAAGUCAAGAUGUAAA